CUAUUCUCUCUCUCUCUCUCUCUCUCUCUCUCUAGGUUCGAGCAAGUGCAGCAGAAUCCUAAAGAAACCCAACCCAACAACAAUCCUAAUCUACCCUCGCCAUAACUUCUCUCUCUAUAAUUUCUCUCUCUUCUCUUCCCAUAUACCUGAUUUCUUCUUUCUUCUUUCUCUCUCUCAUCGACCCCAAAUCAAAUUCCUGUCAUGUAGUGAUCUCUCUCAAAGCCUACCCGUGUCCUUUAAACCAAAUAUUUUCCCACAUAGAGACAGAAAAAUGACUUCUUAUCCUACUCAUAAAGCCACCUUUGGCUCUCUUGCAAUUCUCUGGUUUAUCUGGCUUCUCUUGGUGGCUGCAGCCUCUCAUGCCACCGGAGUACCGCCGGUCGAGUUAGCAGCUGAAUCAAGUGCAAUUUUCAGAGAGACGGCGGCCGGUGGCGGCGCCGGCGGCAAGCUUGUUCAUCCGCAGUGGCAUCUGAACUACAUGAGCAAAAGAAGAGUUCCCAAUGGCCCAGAUCCUAUUCAUAACAGGAGAGCAGGAAACUCUGGACGACCGCCAGGCAAGGCUUAGGCGUAGGAAAGAAAAGCUUUGUGAGAAUUGGCUUUUUAGAUGACACAAGAUGCAUGCUCUGCCAUCUUGUAUGUAUUACUUUAGGAAUUAAUUAAUGAUGAAAAAAAUUUGGAACAAUUCUUCGUUAGCGUUUAGGAUCCGUUUGAUAACAUUUUUGUUUUUAAAAGUGCUGGUUUACGAAUACUUUUUCCUUGUCAUGAAAUCUACUUUUCAGAAACGUUUUCCGAAGUUGGAGCCAAAUUUUUAAAACUAUAGAAUAAAAAUAGUUUUCAGAAAGUUGUGUUUUGUUUUAAGAAGUUUGGCUAAAUUUUCAA